GCUUCGUAAGCGAAAGGUCGCGAGUUCGAUCCUCGCCGGGGGCUCUCUUCUCCAAUAAUAUAUUUUUCUUUCCUUUACAAUUCUCUAUUUUCAUCUUGUUUCUCUCUAGUCAUUUUGCAGAUUUAGAUUUUUCUAUCAAAUAUUCUCCAAACAAUAUUCAGUCUUAAAUUAAACAAUCAAAAACUCCAUAUCUUAAAAUGUCAGUACUACCUUUACCUUUACUUCAAAACCCAAACCAACAACCAUUAAUCCCAUUUCCUUCUACCUUAAACAAAUCAAGAAACACAACCCAAAUGUCCCUCAAUCGAAGAACAACUCUGUUUAUAGUCCCAACAUCAUUCACCCUUCUUCUAAGUGAACAAAAAAAUGCCAACGCAUUUGAUUUCAGAAUCACAACUCCAGACCAAACACUUGAGGAAGCAAAAGAUGGAAUCCAAAUGCAUGCACAUAAUUUAUUACAAGUCAAAGAAUUAUUAGAGGCAGAAUCAUGGAAAGAAGCUCAAAAGUCUUUGAGAAAAAGCUCAGCUUUGUUGAAACAAGAUAUGUAUACUAUAAUUCAAGCUAAACCAGGUAAACAAAGGCCUGAAUUGAGGAAAAUGUAUUCACUUUUGUUCAAUAAUGUUUCAAGAAUGGAUUUUGCAGCUAGGGAUAAGGAUGUGCCACGUGUAUGGGAAUGUUAUGAUAAUAUUGUUAUUGCCCUUAACAAUCUUUUGCCUAGACUGCAGUAGUGUAGUUAUUUGUAAAACAAGUUUUGUAUGGUAUAAUAAUUAACUUUCGUUCUUGAGCUACUUUAA